GCGAUGGCGAACCCGUCGCAGUGGCUGGAGGAAGGCGCCGGGCGGUGGCCGCCGCGGCCGCCCGGGCCGUACAGCGAGGCGCAGCGGCUGGCGCUGGAGGAGCUGGUGGCGGGCGGCCCCGAGGCGCUGCGCGCCUUCCUGCGGCGGGAGCAGCUGCCGCCGUUCCUCUCGGAGCCCGAGGUGCAGGCGAUCGCGCGGGGCGCGCUGCCGCCCGCCGCGGCCCCGGAGCCGGCGGCCGAGCCCUUCGCCGGCGCCUCCCUCGACGCCUCGUCGCUCACCUACUUCCCCGAGCGCUCGGACCUGGAGCCGCCGGCGCUGGAGCUGGGCUGGCCGGGCUUCGCCAGCGGCGCCUUCCGCGGGCUCACGCGGGUCGAGGCGCACUUCCAGCCCGGCUGCGGGGACAGCAUCUACGGCUGCAAGGAGGCGGUGCGGCGCCAGAUCCGCUCCGCGCGGCAGGUAAUUGCCCUUGUGAUGGAUGCCUUCACAGAUACCGACAUCUUCACUGACCUUCAGGAUGCCUUUAACAACCGCAAAGUCCCUGUCUACAUUCUUCUUGACCAGGACUCUCUACCCCAUUUCUUGGAAAUGUGCGACAAUCUGGGGGUCUGUCCUGAGCAGGAAAGUCUGCUGAGAGUUCGAGCCCUCACAGGGAGCACGUACUACCUGAGAUCAGGUGCUAAAAUUGUUGGGAAAGCCCACGAGAAGUUCAUGUUAAUUGAUGGCAUUAGAGUGACAACAGGCUCCUACAGUUUCACGUGGUCCGAUGGGAAGCUGAACAGCAGUAACUUGCUGCUGUUGUCAGGGCAAGUGGUUGAACACUUUGACCUCCAGUUCAGGAUUCUUUAUGCCCAGUCAAUGCCCAUCAGCCCUAAGUGUCUGUCCAGCUGCAGGAAUAGUGGGAUAUUCAAUCACCUGGUGAGCAGAAUAGAGUCCUCUAAAGAAUAUACUGUGGAAGGCAACUUGAGAGCAGAAUUUGCCAGAUUAUCCAGUACUCCAAAGAAACUAUUGAAAGAACCAGAUCAAGCUGAAGAUAGUUCUGGAGAAAACUCUUGUAACCUGGGGCAUUCCUGCCUCUCUGCAGAGGCAAUCGAGUUUGGCAAUCGAGUGGCCAUGGUGGAUCAGAGAAGCACAUCAACUCAAACUGGCCCAUGGGAAGAGAAGCCAGCAGUGACUGUGUGUAAUGCUGCUACGCAGACCUAUUUUGUGACAGCAGAAGCUGGCACACAGGCAUCAGUCACUGCUAGAAUGAUGGGCACUCAGACUUCAGUCUUGUUGAAAACUGCAGUGACACAGACAAGGGAAAGUGAGUACACAGAAACACCGCUGCUUCACAGAAAGUUGUCAAAAGAAGGAUCUUCUCUGUCUGGAAAGGCUGUAUCAAGUUGUAGUCUGUGGUCACUGUCUUCAUCCUCAUCCCAGUGCUCUCUUGCCAGCUCUACUGGCUCGGUAUCUUCUCUUCGGUCCUUUGAAUAUCCUGUCUGUCACAGGGCAGAGUAUUUCCAAAAGCUGCACAAAGAGAGGCAGUUCCACUACUCCACUAUCAGAUCGAAGCUGAGCCACAUGGUACAUAUCCUAUCCAGGAGGAGCCGUGAGCCUGAAAGCUAUGUGUCCCAGUACAUGGGAAGAUGCCACCUGAAACAGAGGCGUGACAUCAGUGCCAGCUUGCGCAGCCUCCGGGACCUUUCCCUCUAUUCUCUGAAUAAACGAUGACUCCACUGAAUGCAGAACACGCAAUCUCCAGUCUCAAACUGCAGUCACUCUGUUCCUGCUGAUUACUCCACUUCCUUCCAGGACUUUUCCUUUUCUUAAUACACAUGUGCAUACCCCUUCAGCACUUUGCUUUAUACUAUGCAGUUUAAGCAAUAAAAAAAGAGGUGUUUAUUUGUAUGAUAAGUACUUACCUGUUCCUCUUAUAUGUGUUAGUGGUGAAGGUUCAUUUUAAUUUUGGAUGUAUAACCUGAAAAGUAAGCUGCUUACUGCUUCCUAGGAUUGCUAACGCUCUGGCUUUAUGUAUAUUUGGCAAAACCGCAGUCAGAUGGGUCCUGCCUGGGGGCAGAUUCAGUGACAUCAAUGUAUACUUUUUUUUUUUUUAAUGUUUGCUUUUUUUCCUAUUUUAUCUUCAGCAUGAGGGGAAACAACCUUUAUAAAGAGCCAUAAAGCUGAUUUUAUUCUGACUUCAGCAAUAUAUACAUCACUCGUCCUUUAAAGUUGUGAAGGGUUUAAUGGAGCUGCUGCAGGCUCUUACCUGCAACUGUGUCCCUUGCCCAUUGUUCAAACCUUCUGAAAUGGCCUCAACUAAUUUAGCUCUUCAGCUUGGUCAUCCACUCAUGCUUUUGUGUAGGUAUACAUACACACAGUUUUGUGUAUAUAUAUAUAUGUGUGUGUGUGUUUGUAUAUAUAUGCACACAUUCUCAGAAGAGCAUUACUUUAAAACCAGGACUGGGAAGUAGCAACUUAACACUUCGUUGGAGCUGUACCCAUUUUAGAGACAGUCCUGGUGUAAAUGUUUUCAGUAUUUGGAACUAAAAGCUGGAUCUGUUGGACCUAUAUGACUGCUGAUGGGAAGGUGUUGCUGAAGUGUGCUGGGUUUUGUGCUUGUGAGCAGAGCUGAGAUGGUAUCUCAGCUGUAUCCUUAUUGUAUCUUACUAUAUGUUGUUUCUCCAUAUCUGUUGGACUCCUCUUUUGGAAUGACUUCAAGGAACUUUGUCUCUCGUGCAGCUUGUUACACAGUUAAGAGUUUCAGGCAUAGCACUGUAAAAUGAGCUUCCAUCUCUGGCUCCGUCUAGGAACAUACGAGCCAUCUUGCUUCUAUUAAGAGGCCUGUACAAAAUGUAGAGGUGAGACAAUCACUGAAGGCACAUGACAAAGCCCCUGCUUAAAAGCAAGCUGAGAUGCACUACAAAUGCUAUGGGUUAUGUUUUGUAACGUUGUACAAGUGUGAGAGUGAGGAAAAAAAACCCAACCCCUAACCCACCUUUUAACUGUCCUACCUGAAAUAUCCUGUUCCCUGCUCUGCUUAUCCUUUCCCCACUACUAACUUGGGUUAAGGAGCUGCACUGUUGCUCUAGUUUUUCAAUAUAUUCUGUUUUCAGUAUUAAAUGAGUCCUAGGUUAAGUUGCUUUGCAGAGAUACGAUGUGGCUCUGCCAGCAGCAGUCUGUGCAUGUGUCUGCGCUUGCUGGAUUACUGGUCUGAGCAGUGUGGAGGUUCUCUAAGACCUGACCUGUGCUGUUGUCCACUGGCCCUGCAUGUGAGUGACCAACCAGCCUGUUCAGCCAAGUCAGACUGGAGUCUGGGUUGUGUACUUUCGUAUUUAUCCACACUUGCGUCCAGUAGAUGGCACAUUUAAGCUGUUGUCUUUAAUGUUCCCGUAAACUGCAAAGAAUGGGGAAUAAAGAAAAAUAUCCAAAACACAAAAAGGCUGCAACUCCAGUGUACAGAGCAACGCUUUUUUUCUACUAACUUAGGUGUUCCCACGUCUGAAAUCAUAUAGGUAUCUAUGUAGCAUAAAGAGGUUUAGCUACUUUUAUUGCUUGGAUUUCAAAGCAGCCACUCCUGUGAGGAAGGAGGCAGAUGUACAGAGAGGUGCGGGCUGAGGAAGAAAAGUUCUGUCUGUGCUCAAAGAGGUAAGAAACUGGUCCUACGAGCUGGAACACGGGGAGUGAAGUAAGUAGCAGAAGGGGAGCUGACAUACAUGGUCAAGGCCAAUUUCGAGUGCCUGUGCUCAGCAGUGCUUCUAUGUAUGUAAAAUCAACUUGCUUGCUAUGUACCUUUAUUACACUGUGUAUCUGUUACGGUGCUCUCACAAGAACAAGCAGCAGUUUACAAAUAAACUCUUUUUGCCGUGGGGGUUUUAACCUGA